UGCUCUGAUCCAUUUUUUUUUUUUAAAUUAUUUUUGUUUGGGUUAGUGUAUCUGAAAUAUUCGUACAAAAACGACUAGACGAGGUCCAGGUCUCCAGUCUCCCCAAAAUCCUCGCGCUCCUCCUCUUUCCCUCUUCUUUGUUAAUAUCAUACCGGACGAAAAUCUAUUCAAUAUUACACAAACUGCCACUGUCUUCUUCUUCUUCUUCCUCUUGACUCUUCUCCCAAAAAAAAAAAAAAAGUCUACUCUCUGCUAACAGAUUGUAUACGCCAUAUUUUAUUUAUAUCUAUAAUUCUUUCAAGCCGUGAGUCUUCGAAAGUUGUUUACCAUUAGAAUACUUUGGUUUUGCCCCGUACUCAAAAAAAAAAAAAAAAAAAAAAAGAAAAGAAUCUCUAUUAGCACAAUUAAAUGCCACUCCUUUUUCCAUUGCAAUAGGCAUAUCUUCCAUUUAUUGUCUUCCAAGCUUAGUUUUCAGAUCUGGAGAUAGUGGGGUUCCAGUUAUUAUUUUGGUAUUUUUAAAUUUUGAAAAGUUGUGGAUUUUUUUAUUAUUAUUAUUUUAUUUUUGGGUUUGAAGAGAAUAUAUAUAUAUAUAUAUACGUGCGUGUGUGUGUGGGGGGGAAUUCUAAGCUGAUUCAUUGUCUACGAGCUCGUCGUUGGAGAGGGUGCGAUUGAUUCAAAGAGAAGAAAUGCAAACGAGCAUCCAGAACUGGGGAAGAGAAAGAAACUUAGUGAAGGUGACGAACGAGAAAGAUGAUGAGCUGGCUUUGUUCCUUGAGAUGCGUAGACGAGAGAAAGAGAACAAUCUUCUUCUCCUUCCCGGUAACAACAACAACAACAACAACAACAACAACAGUAACUCUGAUGAGCUCGAUGCUUCUCUUAUCGACUCUAAUAACAACGGAAAUUCGAUUAUUUCCAAGAGCUUCUCAUCUAUGCCAUUGCAGCGCAAGACCCGUGCUGAUGAAUUCUUGAAUUCCGAAAAUGAUAAAUCUGAUUACGACUGGCUUCUUACACCCCCUGCAACCCCACUUUUUCCUUCUUCGGAGAUGGACGCACAGAAAACAAUAACGACCCAGAAUGAGGGGCCACCUGUUCGUCCCACUGCUCUAAGAUCGAGGCUAGCAAAUAUCCAGUUAGAACCUGCUUCAAAGAGCAAUAUAGCAUCUAAGCAUCCAACGUUGCCAUCCAUAUUGAAUUCUUCCAGUAUUGGUAACAAAAAGCCUUCACCAUCUGGUGGAACAAAAACAGCUCCUCGUAGAUCUGCAACUCCAACUGGCCGGUCCACAUUGCCUUCAACAACCAAGUCCUCAAGAUCCUCCACACCAAGUUCACGGGCCACUUUACUUUCCACAAAGCCUGUGGCUCCUCCAGUGAGGUCUUCAACUCCAACUCGGUCCUCUGCGCGAUCUUCAACACCAACUGCUAGACCUUCUGUAUCUGCAUCCAAACCAACAGCAAGAUCAGCAACACCAACCCGUCAACAAUCAAACCCAUCGAGUUUGCCCUCUGUAUCUGGUCCUGCUGCACGAUCUGCUUCAGCAUCGAAGGUACGUCCUACUAGCUCCAAAAAUCCAGUGCCAUCACGUGGCAGCUCACCCACAGUAAAAUCUAGGCCUUGGAAACCCUCUGAGAUGCCUGGUUUCUCGCUUGAUGCUCCCCCAAAUCUAAGGACAACAGUGCCAGAAAGGCCGGCAUCUGCUUCUAGGGGUCGGCCAGGAGUGCCAAGUUUCAGGUCAUCAUCUGCUGCCAUUGGCUCCGACACAAGACCAAGACAACAAUCAUGUUCUCCAUCUAGAGGGCGGACUACUCAUGCUAAUGCUUCUACUAAUGGGAUCUCCAUUUCAGCUAUGAGCAAAUCUCGUUACAGUGAUAGUGACAAAGUGUCCCCUCUUCUUGUUGGGACAAAAAUGGUUGAAAGAGUCGUAAACAUGAGGAAACUGGCUCCACCAAAGCAGGAUGAUCGUCACUCUAUGCAUAAUAAUUCCACGGGGAAAUCUUUGUCCUCUGACAGCUCAGGCUUUGGAAGAACACUUUCAAAGAAAUCCCUUGAUAUGGCUAUGAGACAUAUGGAUAUAAGGCGAAGCAUGCAAGGUAAUCUACAGACACGUGUGACAAAUAUUCCAGCUUCCUCCGUCUACAGUAUCAGAUCGGCACCGACAAAAAGCAAGACAACCAGCAUUGCAGACUCUCCUCUUGCCACAAGCAGCAGUGCUAGCUCUGAACCAAGUGUCAACAAUACUUCUGUUUGUAUAGAUGGAAUUGAAAAUGAAGAUAUUGAACUUGGAAGCCAGCAAGAAGUUUCUUCUUCCUUUAGCGGGCAAGGCAGGUGACCCCAUCUAUCUUAUUUACACUGUGGUUCAUCGGCUAAAUAUUUAUGCUAAAGUCCAACUCAAAAGGAGUUGAAUGUGGCAGGAGUAUAUGUUAUAGUUCUGUAUAAUUUAUUGGAAAGUUUGCAUGUUGGAAUGUGUUGGGCCUCCGUUAAUGUUGGUAGAAGUAGCAGGCACAUACGAAGGUCAAUCAUUAAACUGUUCCUUGGGAAUGAUUCGUACUGCAAUUUGAUUUUAUUGGAAACUGAAGAGCUCCUUCAGCUUUUUUUAUCUGCUGCAAUAUAUCUAGAUCCAUAAUAUGUUCAGAAAACCUUUAGCAAUAUAAAAGUACCGUUUUUUUUCUCCCUCAGAACAGUCUCUCACUGUCAAGUAGAAUGGAUCAGAAAUUUGUAUGUGAAAUAAAAAUUGAGGAUUUGCGUUAUUCUA